GGACGGGGCAGAGUUUCCCGGGUGAGGGAAAAGAUGGCGACGUCGGCGGGGACGUAUAGCGAUGAUCGGUCAUGUCGCCGGGCACACCGCUCGCUGAUUAUCCUGGAUUAUCCACAUGAGGAGUUACCCACGCGGCGGUUUACCUUCAGAUAAGCUGCGAUUAAUGAAAAAUAAAGGCAUACUGUGAACUGUCAACUGUGUUUCGGGAUGUAUACAGUGACAAAAUUUUCGGUAAAUGCUUGCUUUGAUUCUUAAGUUUUGACAAAAAUUAUGAUUCCAUUUCGAUUUCCAUCAGCAAAGUUUUCAGACAACUUGUAUUAUAACAAAGAGUUUAUACACAUAUUAUAAAGUAUAACCAUCCUUAUACAUAUAAUUCAUAAUAGUACAUUGUGCUAAAUAAUACCGGUGGAAGAUUGACUGCACACACGGGGAAGAAAAUAUAAUUUUUAAUAUAUUUGCAUAUUUUGAGACAUGAACGAGAACAUUCCUAAAGGUGUACUUGGCUUGCAACAUGAAGGACGUGCAGUGGCAGAAAAAUUUGUAUGAAAAUUACGGAUUGCCGGACAAUUACACGGACAGUUCGUUCUUAGAGCAAUUGCGUAAAAAUAUAAAACCGAAUAGCGUGACGCUGACAGAAGCGAUAAGCUUGGGCGCCAGCAUAUCCACGAGAUUGAGCGUCGUUGUACUUUUCGUCAUGAUAUUCAUUUGGCUGAACAACGAAUGGACCACGCCGAACGUUAUCGUAAUAUCAGGAAGCGUAUUGACGAUUUUCGGCUAUUUUGUAUACAACGUAAAGGUACCCGAUCGGCCUGUAAAACCAACGAAGGAUCUGUGGACUGUAUUAAUAUUUCUAACAUUCGGAUACAUAUUAUCGCCCAUCUUAAAAACUUUGACGGAAACGAUCAGUACCGAUACAAUUUACGCUAUGACGAUAUUGAUGUUCCUGACCCAUUUAACAUUUAGCAAGUACGGAUCGUCACAGAUCUGCCUCUCGGACUCCUUGUCCAUAACUUCCUCGAUCUUUGGCUCGUUAAUGUUGGCCUCCAGAUUAGCGUCUCCGUUACACGCCUUUUCGCUGUUGACCGUAUCAGUUCAGUGCUUCGUACUGUUACCUUAUCUACUGUCGCAAAUAAAUAAUAAAAUUGUCACGUCGACCAUUCUGACGAUCGGUACCAUAUAUUUGCUUUUAUUUGUUUCACAAAUGUUUUCUUACGUUUUUAUUAUCGCUAUAAUAUUCAUUCAUUUUGUUUGUCCACUGUGGUAUAUCAAGUGCCAGAAAUAUAAAGAUAACAUUUACGGUCCUUGGGACGAGGCAAUAAUCGCUUCUUAAAAAGAAUUAGAUUUCUUUAUGAAUAAUCGUAUCUGUACAUAUGUAUAUAUAAAACAAAUAUGUAAAAAUUGUAUCAAAAUUGUACUCUUUGAAAUACAGUAUUCUAUAUUUAUUAUA